AUGCCUUUGAAGCAUCGUCAUUUACGAUCAUUUGGCUUUUUGUAUACACCUAAUGGACAGGCGAUACAACUCCGCGGUAUAUCGGGACCACCGGGUCCACCUGGACCAAAAGGUGCACGCGGAUAUCCUGGCUUUCCGGGACCAAUUGGCUUGGAUGGACCAAAAGGUGUUCCGGGUAUGCCAGGACCGAAAGGUGAACGAGGUGAGCGUGGUCCAAUGGGACCAUCAGGAUAUCCCGGUUCCAAAGGUGAACGUGGUUAUUCGGCUGCACUUAGCAAAAUACAG